AUGGGACGAGAGGGGUGGGCGGCGGCGAUUGUUGGCAGUGUUGGACAGGAAUGGGAUGUCGAGAGGAGGUUCCGUGUGACGGAGGUGGCAUUGGCCAUUAUGCUUUUAAACUACACCCCACCAGCUGUUGUGAUCCGUCUUCUAACAACCAACGGCUUGAUUGCAUAUAUCACUUCUUGGGUCCUUUAUCUAUCUGGUGCAUCUUCUGACCCCCGACUUCUUUUACCAGCCUGGAUCUCCAUAACAACUACUUUAACCUUUGUCUACCACGCAACGCAAAAUCAUGCGACCAUCAAACGAGAAACAGCAGCAUCACUGCUAGUCGUUUCCGUCGCAAGCUUCUUGAGCAUGUCCUCACUCCUUAUGCAGCUGCAUCUGACCCGUGAGAACGAACCAGAAGUACCUGUCUUCGUUAUCACCCGCAAACUUUGGGACUGGGCUGUGGCCAUCUUCUUGCGCAUGCGAGUUGCGGAUGACCGCAUUGCUGUUGGAGAGCUGUAG